ACCUCAGAACAAUACAACCCUGAAUGUCAUUCAGGAGUAACAGCCAGAGCAAGUACCUCAUAAGGGCACAGUUUGCAGGUGUUCUACACUUCCAUCAAAUGCAAAAACAAUCAGAAAACAAAUAUGCUGGACUUCUGUAGCCACAGAUGUACACUGCUGGCAGCCUUCCUUGUCUGUCUCACGUUUUUUGUCAGUUUUUGGCUUAUCCAGUGGCCUUCACUGUUAAAUGGCCUUCACUGUAAAAUGAAAAUGACCUCAAGAAUUGAAACUGAAGUCAUUGACAUGAAUAUUAAUGCCACAAAUACAACUGUUUUAGUGUGGUACUGGCCUUUUGGAGAGAAAUCUAGUGUGGAUGGCAAUGUGUGUUGGGAGAGGUUUGGCAUACCAAACUGCAAGUUGGUGGACGAUCGGUCCAUGUUCUCUCAAGCAGAUUUUGUGGUUUUCCACAACCGUGAGCUAAUUCAAGGUCAACAAAGACUGCCCGUGGACCAGACCCGACCACAGAGGCAGAAGUGGGUAUGGUUCUCACUGGAAAGUCCAGCAAAUAAUGGAAAUGUGAAGCCCUUUGAUGGGCACUUUAAUUGCACCAUGUCUUACCGCCUUGAUGCAGAUGUUUAUACACCAUAUGGCAGUUUGGUACCCCAGGACUUCGGUACUGGAUUGACAGUUGAGGAUUUCAUACCAAAGAACAAGUCAUCUAUGGCUUGUUGGGUUGUGAGCAAUUAUGCAGCCCACCAUAAGAGAACUGCUGUUUACAACAGACUGAAAACAAUUAUACCAGUGAAUGUGUAUGGUGGAGCAGUGAAUAAGCGCCUUGAUGGUAAUGUUCUGUUACCCACAAUCUCUCGCUGCUACUUCUACCUGUCUUUUGAGAACUCCAUUUUCAAAGACUACAUCACAGAGAAGUUGUGGUACAAUGGCUUCAUGGGUGGAGCAGUGCCUGUAGUUUUAGGUCCACCACGGGAACAGUAUGAGGCGGUGGCACCAAAAGACUCCUUCAUCCAUGUGGACGACUUCCCUUCAUUAGAGGAGCUUGGAAAGUUCCUGAAGAGUCUGGCGGAGGAUAAGGAACGCUAUGCCUCAUACUUCAACUGGAAACUGAAGUAUACGGUAAAGCGAUUUGGCGAUUGGAGGGAGGAAUUUUGUAAAAUUUGCCCCAAAGUCAGUAGCUUACAAAAGCAUAAGGUCUAUGAGGACUUCCAUAAUUGGGAAUGGCAAUAAAAUCAGAGGAAUCAAAACACCAAUAAAAAGUCAUUGUCUGUGA